AAAAAAAAAAAAAAAAGUAUACCAUAGAAAUAACAAAAAUAAAUUAGUAUACUUCAUAGAAAUAACGUAAAUAAAUUAGCAAACGCCAUAGAGGUGAUACCAUAAUUAAGGUAAUGAAGAAAUAAUAUUGAUACACUCAGUGACAUAAUUUUUGUAUUAAUAAUAUUUUGUAUUUGAGUUUUAGUUAAAAAAAACAUUUAAAAUCAGAUAUAUUAAAAUCCAUGAGUAAGAAUGCCUGUUUUAUUCAUUUUUAAAUUGUUCUAUACUAGUUUUAUGUGUAUUUACAAUCUUGGGAAACAUUUUCCACAAGUAAGGUCCACGAUAAAGAACUGAAUAUGAAGUUAGUUUUGAAUUAUAUUUUGGGACAACAAAGUUGUUAUUUGAAAAUUUUGUUGGAUAUUUAUGAACUAUUUUGUCAAAAUAGGAUUGAAAUAUUUUAGGAGAUAAUCUUAUAUCUGUUUUAUACAUGAACAUUAAAACUUGGUGUAAGUUGAUUUUAUAUAUUUUUAGUGCUCCAAGUAUACGCAGAAGAGGCUCACAAGGGGCAAUACAAGUGAAUUUGGACACAUAUCCACGCGAUAAUAGAAGACGACAUUUUUCAAAUGCUUAUUACAACCGAAAACUUUCAAAUGGUGAGGUUAUUUCAUGUCGUUGGCUUGUGUACUCAGUUUCUAAAGAUGCGGUAUUUUGUUUUUGCUGCAAACUUUUUGAUUUCAACAUGAAUUUAAAGUUAAACGGAAAUGGAUUCAAUAAAUGGAAGAAUUUAACAGAUGCAUUAAAAUUUCACGAAAAUAGUAAGUCACACAGAAUUUCUUAUCAACUAUGGAUUGAGACAGAAAUACGAAUGAAAGCUGGUGAAACUAUUGAUAAACAAGAACAAAAACUAAUCGAAAAGGACAGUUUAAGGUGGCGAAGUGUUCUUGAACGAUUGAUGAACAUUACUUUAUGCUUAGCAACAAAUAAUAUGGCCUUCAGAGGUUCUUCUGAUAAAUUGUAUGCAGUUAAUAACGGCAAAUUUUUAGGAUUGGUACAAUUACUCGCUAAAUUUGAUCCUAUCAUGUUAAACCACGUUACGCUAGCUCUUAAAGGAGAUAUUUCUGAUCAUUACUGUGGUUCACGCUGGAAUGUUUUACUUAGUCAUACAACAAACUUCACUCUUAAACGAUUAUGCGACACUCGUUGGGAAGCCAAAAUUGAGAGCCUCAAAGCCAUCCGAUAUCAAAUAAGCAGCGUACAUGAUGCUUUAAUUACUAUAUAUGAAACUGAAACCAAAACUCACGAAAUUGCACACGAAGCGCAAACAUUAGCAGAACAAUUAAAAGAUAGUUUUUUAGUUUCUUAAAUUGCAUGGUACAAUGUACUAUUUCAAAUAAACGUUGUUAGUAAAGCAAUGCAAGCCAAAGACAUGGAUCUAGUACAGUGCGCUGAAAUGUUGAAAAAAUGCAUCACAUUUUUGGAAAAUUACAGAACGUUUGGCUUUAAACAAGCAACGGUUGAUGCCAAAGAGUUAGCUGAAGAGUUAAACAUCGAUGCAAUAUUUAAGCCGCUUAAAAGAGUACGACGAGUGAAACGUCAUUAUGAUGAAAAUGCUGCUGACGAACCAAUUCAAAAUCCCGAGAAGAAACUUGAAGUGACAUUUUUUAACCCUUUAUUAGAUUCAUGUCUGUCUUCAAUAAAUGAAAGAUUUGAACAACUUAAUGAAUAUGUAAAUAUAUGGAGUUUUUUAUUUAAUUUGGAUAAUUUGCCCAUAAAGAAUGAAUUUUUAAAAUUGUGUAAACAAUUACAAGAAAAAUUAACUGUAAAUACAAAAUCAGAAAUUAAUGGUGCUUUGCUAUGCGACGAACUAAUAAGUUUGCAGUUUUUUAUUAAAGAUAAAUUUAGCAAUGUUGAAAAUGAAAUAAAUACAAAAGAGAUGACACCACUUUUUGUACUGAAUUUUAUUAAAAAUCAUUGUCUACAAGAGUUAUAUUCAAAUACAUGUAUUGUUCUGCGCAUUCUUCUUACAAUACCUGUUACUGUUGCUAGUGGAGAACGUAGUUUUUCUAAACUGAAGUUAAUCAAAACAUAUUUAAGAAAUACCAUGUUGCAAGAUCGACUUAAUUCUCUAUCUAUGUUAUCAAACGAGCAAGAUAUAGCUGAAAAUUUAGGUUUUUCAAGUUUGAUAAGAGAUUUCGCGGACAAAAAAGCUAGAAAAGUUAGAUUUUAAAAUUUAAUAACUCUUGUUUAUAUAGUUAGAGGAUUUAUUAUAUGUUUAAUAAAAACAUUUGUUAUUUUAAAAGCAGCGUUGCGUUGUCUAUUUAUUUAGUCACUCAUUUCUAUAAACCCAUAUCAUGAA